AAGAAUUAUGCCCAGUGUACUUACUAACCAUUAUCCCUUUAUAUUUUUUGAGCUACUAGGGGACAUCGUAGGCGCCGUGCCGAACAAAUUCAAAUCACCAGUAAUACGAGAUACGUAGGUGUUUGUUAAUGGCGGACUCUUUCUGAUUGCGUUUGUCCAUGCAAUACUCUGCUAGAAACUUUUCUUUCUAUCAUUUGUUCCUCGGCCACUGUCUCCUAUUGUAAGGCACAUAGAAGAUUCGAAGUAGUUUCUAAAAAAUGGACGCAUGGAGCCGACUACCUGCGAAGGAGGAAGAGGAGGGGGAGGCGGACAAAGAGGUUCCUGCGAUGGAAUUCGAUCUGUCGCGAACAAUUUGUAUUUGCGUCGAUACGGCUUCAUCAAUAGGAAAUUCUUUGGAGUCAGUGAAGAAGGCGCUAGGCGAAUUCCGGUGCAUGUUCGAGCUUAUAAAUGUGCGGGUCUCGGUGCUCUUCUACGGCGACUUCCAGAGUGUAAAGGAUCAAAAUGUGACACGACUGCUCUUUCUAGAGCGCAAUUUCAUGCGGCGGAAGGCCUUCAACGACGAGUUCGACAGGCCGCCUCCUGUCCUUUCGCCUGAAGGGGAGAUGAAGACUCCUGCCGGAAAUUAUGAAGGACAACAAGUAAGUAGCUGUCGCUUCUUCCGCGACGUCUGCAUCAGGAGGUGCGAAGUCUUCUGGCGAAGAUCGCCAAUUGGAAAGUUUGAGGCAUGCCGACGUGCCCGCACACCGCACUGCCUGCGCCACUUUAGACGAAAUGUUCGCGGUCGUUCAAGAUUAUCGGCUAGCUGCCAACGGAGAAGGAGAAGACGAUCCUGA